GAGCAGCUGGAUAAAGCUGCACAAGAGGCAGCCCAAGAGUUGGUUGAGAGCAGACCAGGGCUUGAAAGAAGGUCAGAAAUCCAAAAAAAGCCAGCCAGCAAAGAAUGCAAAAAAAAGCCAGCUUCGAAGAAAGCUUCCUUGCCCAAGGCAAAAAGCUUAAGGCCUGAAAGAAGGCCCACAGAGAAGCAAGGACCAAAAAAAGAAGCAGCACCACAGCCAGAACCAUUGGUGGCAGCAGAAGGGCCAAGGCCUGAAAGAAGGCCAUGGUCAGCAGUGAAAAAAGUCAUGGGCAAGGACCAAGCCUAUCUCAUGGGCCUUUUUGGAAGAGAUUGGAAGCUCAUCAUUGGCUGCACCAAAAGAAUGGGAAAGAUUUUCCGAGGCCGAGCUUAUGCUGGCUAUGUGCCCUGGGGUCAUGAAAAGGAUUGGGAUGAUGGCGACACCUGGACUGGCUGGGAAAGGGAGCCUGAUAGGGAGCUGAGAGACAGGGAGAGAAGGUGGAGGGACAGGGAUGAGGAGGAGGAAUCAUCCUCUGACAACUCCCUGCGCAGGGGGCAGAGGAGACAGGAGGAGGAGGCUCCCAGAAGCACACAGGGCCGCCUCUUUGGCCCAAGCCCUGCAGAGGCAGCCAGGGAAGGCCUGCAAGAAGGCCAAAAAGGGAAAAGCAAAGGCAAAGCCAAGGCCAAAGAAAAGGGGUCAGGUGCAAGCAGCAGCAGGCCUGAAAGAAGGCCAGCUUUUGUCCCUGAGCAUCGACCAGGGGAGGAGGAUUGGGACCCUUUCAGGCAAGAAGCCAGGGGCAAGAGGGGAAGGGAAGCGAGAAAGGCUUUGAGGGCCAGAGACCCUGAAGUCCAAGCCAGGAAAGAGAAGGGCCUGAAAGAAGGCUUUAAGGAAGACAAGGUUCAGCCUUUGCAUGAAGGGAGCAGGAAAUGGAGGAUGAUCAAGGAGAGGGAGAAGGAGGUGAAGGAGGAGGAGGAGCAACUAAUGCUUGAAAGAAAGCAGUUGCUGGAAGAGAAGGCAGCCUUCUUGGAAGAGAAGGCUGCAUGGCUCAGCAAGCAGGAGAUGAGCCCCAGCCCUGCCAGAGGGGUUGUCCUGCAGGAAGGGCCAGGGGCCAGGCCUGAAAGAAGGCCAAAAAGGAAGGACAGCAGCAGCAGCAGGCCUGAAAGAAGGCCAAAAAGGAAGGACAGCAGCAGCAGCAGGCCUGAAAGAAGGCCUAAACAAAAAGCCGGCAGAUCCUCCUCCUCUUCUUAUUCAUAUGAAUACAGUGAAGAGGAGGAGGUAUUUGUGGAGGAGGAGCAGCCAGACUGGCAGGAGGAGGAGGAGGAGAAAGAGGAAAAGGAGGAGGAGGAGCAGCCAAAGAAAAAGGACCCCAAGGACAAGGAAAAGAAAGCUGCAAAGGAGGAGGAGGAGCGAAAGGAGAAAAAGGUUUCCAAGGAAAAGGAAGCUGCAAAGAAGGAGAAGAAGCCCCAAAAGGAAGAGAAGCCCAAGGAGAAGGAGAAGGAAGAUGACAAGGAUAUGGAGGAGGGGAAAACAGCCAAGAAGCGAAAGGAAAGGAAGAAAGUGGUCAAGGAGGAGGAGGAGGGGCAGGAGGAGGGAAAAGAAAAAAGAGAGAAAGAGGUGGAGAAGCAGCAAGAAGGCCUGCAAGAAGGCCAAGUAGGAGCUUCUGAGCCCGAAGCAACUCAGGAAGAAGCAACCCAGGGGGCAACUGCUGAGGAACAGCAAGAGGGCCUGCAAGAAGGCCACCAACCAGAUGCUUCUGAAGAAGGGAAACCAGCUGCUGAGGCUGAGAUAGAGGAAGCAGCAAAGAUGCUUCCAGAAAGUGUAGCAAAGGCAGCCCAGGCAAGCCUGAAAGAAGGCUCUGAGGCUGGUGCCACUUUGACUUCUUCCAGGCUCAAACUUCACGAAAAAACACAGGCAGCCAUCCAAGGCCUGAAAGAAGGCCACCUGUCAGAGGCUGCAUUCUGGCAGGAAAUCUCCAACAAAGACAGAGCUGCCUUGUGGAAAAAAUAUGAAGGAGCCAGGAACAAAGACCCUGAAGCCAAAGCAGCUUGGCUCCAGAUGGGUGGCCCAGGUGUCCUGGAUCAGAAGAAGCAACUGCUUCUGCACUUCCUGAAGACUGGUCAGGCCCAGGAAGGGGGCUUGAAAAAAAGCCAAGAAGUCGCCAACUCCAAGAAGGAGAAAGAAUGGUUUGAGUGGGUCCCCUGGAAGCAGAUCCUUGACUGGUAUGGGGAAGAGGAGGCCCUGGCCAGGGUAGAGAGUGGUUUAAUAGCAGUGAAAAAGGUGGGAAAGAAAUUCUAUGAAUUUCUCCUGGUGAAGAUCAGGACCGAGCUCACACUGGAGCAAAAAAAAAGGAUUGCUGCUGAGCAAGAAAUAGCACUGCAAGGUGAGGAACUGAAGGCCUGCAAGAAGGCCUUAGCAGCAGCAAGAACAAAACAGGAAUGGGAUGACCUUUGGCUUGGAAAAAAGCCACAGAAAGGCUUCCAGGUUGAAGAUGCUUUGUCAGAACCUUCUGAAACUUCUUCUGAACAUGAGGACGAAAGUUCAGCAGAGCAACAUAAUCCUGCAGCAAGUUUCCUGCAAGGCCUGAAAAAAGGCCAGGCUAUGGUCUCUCAGAAAAAAGAAAAAAGAAAUGAUGACAAGCAGAAGCACCUCGCAAAGGAAGAGAAAGUCAAGGAGGAGGACAGCAGAGCUUGCAAGAAAGCUCAGGAAGCCACACAAGUGGGUGAAAACGAAAAGGACAGUAAGGUCAAGAAGAUGCUGGCCUUGGUCAGCAAAGGAGUGGCUGAUUUGAAGAAGGCUUGCAAGAAAGCCAAAGAUGCCAGCUGGGGUGCAGAUGUCCUGCAAGCUCUCAUCAAAUCUAGAGACAGCUUGGAAGAUUUGGCAACAGAUGGUGAGCUGGAAGGCAUCAAGAACCACUUGCUGGAAGCAGCAUCAGCUCUGAAGGCUUUCAAGAAAUUGCUCACUGCCUAG